CAGCAACGAUCAGCUGUUGUUUUUUUUAGUUCCAUCGAAUUCUUUGGUGUUUAUCAACCCCAGUUCUGCGAGGGUUGAACAAGUGGUGCGUACGAACCGAGGAUUUCUUCCACUUAAAAUGCUCCAUAUGGCAAAGAUUUAGUCAAAAAUGGAAGCCAAACCACUUGUAACCUAUACGGGUAACUGUGCACUGUUUGAAGAUCUACGUGGUUCAGUUUGCCCAGCAGUGGCAGCGGAGGCUACCGAGUGGCGUCGAAGUCUUGGACGUCACCGAAUGGUUCAUAUUGACGCGAACUGGAUCGAGUUCGACAGGGAUCGGUUGAGCGCCAAUAGGGAGACUCUCCUUAAUCGACAGUAUCUUCAUACCUUCUGGACUGACUGCUCCGAUUCUGAUGAAUACAAGAACACUGUCAAGCAGGAAAUACUCCUUUGGAUGCAGGAACUAAAGGCAAAGUCUCAGUGGGACUGGUUAAUUGUGGUUGUCGAGGAUAACGCCCGUAAAACACCUGCAAAAACAACCUCGAAAUUGCUCAAGAGCACUGUCUGGGACCGCAUACGAAACGACUUCCCCAGUAAAAAUAUAGAUAGGGUCUGUACGUUUGUACGCCCCUCGAGGGGAGAGUUGGGUAGUCGUAACGCGUCCUUAGACACUUUCCUAGGUCAAUUCCGUACAGCGCUCCUGCACGGCCUUAAUAGAGAAAUCGGCUACUACGAAGACAAACUGCGUGAAAAAAGAGAAGCACGAAAUAACCCAGGAUGGAGUUUCAUCGAUUUUUAUUUUAUGCAGGAACAACUAGCGUUUGUCUUUGAAACCAUGACUCUUUAUGAGGAUGCGCUUGUCCAGUACGAUGAGCUGGAUGCUUUAUUAACCCAAUUUGUAAUCAACGCCGCCCAGGGAGAGGCUCCCCCUUGGCUGCAAACGCUGACCGAUUGUCGCAGUUCCUGGAGAGCCCUUUGUAUGAAAUCACAAAACUCCUCGCAGGCGUCUUCUAACUCUACGUUAUCAAAUGAUCGACAACUAGAGCAGGAAAAUGUUAGUAUUCAGUUUAGCGAAGGAAACGGUAGCCUUCUUGAUCUUCGGAACCUGCUAUUUCUUCGGAUUUGCAAUAUACUCAUUCUACUCUGUCGCCCGUGGGAGAUGGCUCGACGUGCAUUGCCAUAUAUACAAAAUGCUCAGGUCGAAUUAAAGUCAUUAGGCGUCGAACUUAACUGUGUGGGCGCAGUUGAUGCUUGGGCGUUAGCCGGCUUUCUUGAAACACUAGUUGUUUCUGAACGAUACAAUGACUCAACACAGGUGGAAAGCUACUCACUACACACGGCACAGUUAUGGGCUCAUGCGCGCCUGAAAAUGAAAUCACUCGGAGUAUUAUGUGGCCUCAUGCCUCGGGAUUCUCCCACCUCUGAACAAAUUCAUCUGGUUGUAAACAUCCUUGCGGGUCUUGGCGACGACCCGAGAGCUGGCGAGUCGGAACUGAGUCCAUGUCGCCGUAUCUCCGAAGCCCUCUCGUCCAAGGAGUCCUUUAUGCGACACUACAAAGACGUUUGUGAAAUCGCCAUGGGCACCUUUAAACACGUGGGAAGGCUCCGAAGUGCGCGACUCAUCGGGAAGGAUCUAGCAGAAUUUUACCUUGAUAAGGACGAACCCCAAAUGGCCGUGCAGUUCCUACAAGAUCUCCUGAAAAUGUACCUGACGGAGCGCUGGGGUCCGUUGGCUGUACUGACUCAGAAGCAAUUGUUGCAGUGCUAUCAACUUCUGUCAUACGAUCUCCUUUAUUUGCACACUGUCUUAAUGCUUGCAACCAAUCGCUCUUUGGACCAACGGGAGCGCCGACAUUUCUUCGAUGAUGUGCUAGCUACCAAAGACCGAUUAGGCAAAAGUAUGAAAAAUAACAAAAACCUGACGUUUGCUUUUGCGGGUAUUCUAAGCCUUGAUGAUCUGAGAAUAGAUAGCGAUUCAUCGGUCUUAACACUGAACUCCGACAUUCGCCUUAAGCUCACUAUUACGUCGCAUUUGCUCGCCGAAGUUAAGAUGAGAAAAGUUAUUGUUCCCUGCGAGAAACUUGAGGAGGAGGGCCAAAUUGGUGGAACUCCGCGUAAAGGUUCGAUGAUCCUUGCACCUGGUGGAAAGCGGCCUCCGCCUAAAAUCAGUGUGCAGCAGGGUACCCAGACUAACUCCAUCCUUUUGGUGUGUUCAAACCAGCAUCAGGUUUUGUCCCGGCAGGACAGCUCCAAUCUUGGCUCGCCAUCAUCACAAGAUAUAGUUCGUGUUAAAUCUGACACCCAGUUUGUGGCCAAAGAUGUCUAUCUUGCCCCUGGACAGAAUGUGAUCGGGUUAGCAUUCCGCACAAAUCAGUGGGGCAGUUAUGAGAUGCGUCAACUGGUCAUGGAGUGGGAUCACUUAGGACUUGUUGAGGAUUUGGAGAACAGUAUUCAUCACAACACUCGAGUAAACAUCAUUCAGGAAAAAUGCCGACUUAGCUUUGAGUUGCCGAGUGAGGAAUUGCUAGCCGGCGUAGCCCAGUCUGUGCGACUGUCAGUUAGUGCUGGCAGCCGUUCUGUGGCAGCCGGCUCAAUUGUGGCCUUAAAGUCGUCACCAGGUCUACACUUCGACAAAGAUUUACUAGUCAUUCCCAAUGAGAUCGCAGCCUUUGAGUUUCGAUCAUUUUCCGUUGGAUUAAGGAGUAGCUUUUGUGACCAAUGGACAUCAAAAGGAGUCGUCCACGAGGUCGUUGCGACCGCAGGUUGGGAGGAUGGCCAAGACGGACAUGGGAAUCGAUCUGAAGCGCAGGCCGCUCAAGUUCGAAUCAAGUUGCUCUUUAUGCCACCUUUUGUCGUGACACAUAAACUGCUAACGUGUGACACGGCAAAAUUUAUUCAGGUGGAAGUGACUGGACGUUCUUUACAGUUUUUUGCUGUUAGUAAUCCGAGACUUGACUGCCCAUCAGGAUUCGCUGCUCAAAUCCUAGAGGAGGUGGGUACGUUUAAGGUGAACUCUCGCUACCCUACGGCGUUCGUUUGGCAGUUGGAGUCGCCCGAACUGGUGGAGAUGCCCCUGGAGUUGAAAUUUGCUCUCGAUUUUUACUGGGAAGCUGGUAACCAGAGCGGAUUUUAUUCCGCUUCUUUCAAGCUUGAAGCUUUUAAGACCCUCUAUUCGGUACACGCAACAGUAGACCCCGAAUCGCAGGGACAUUGCAAGGUAGAUGUAUUAUGCAAACUGAACAUUCGCGUUCAACGAAUUCCAUUAUCGGUUAAGGAAAGUAAAUCUGAACAGGAUCCGAUCCAUCUGUCGAUGGAAAUUAUUGCUGAUUCAGCCCUUUGGGCAUUGCAGGGCCGCAACUCAGAUACCUUCAUUCUAUCUGACCAGGAGUUUACAUCGAGCGUCGAAAUGAAGCCCCUGGUUCGAGGGUAUCUUCCAAUUCCUCAAGUUCGUCUUUCAAAGUACCAUCCUCCGUGCAAAGAAGACAUGAAUAAAGAAUUGGCGAAGGCAACGUUGGAGCCGUUUCUACCUGGACAAGUGUACAACUGGAGUCACGCAGCGCAGGCCCAUGUACCUACAGCUGCCCAUCCUGAUGGCAAAUAAAUCUGAUCACAACUAUAGCUUGACAUGCGGAGUGGGCCGAUGGAAGUCGUGCAUAUGGAUAGAAACUUCACGAAAACACCUCAGUACUCAGAGGCUACUUCAGUUCUAGAAUGACAGGUGUCUGAUCCGAUCCCAGCUUUCGAGGAUCACUCGUAGUUAACUGAUAAUGUAGAUAAUUAAGCAAGAGAUCAGUUGGUCAUAUUUGUUUUUUGAGACUAGUGUUACUGUAAUAUAAUAAACAAUGCUUUGGCCAGCCAAAAACAAUGACUAAGAAAAAGCGUGAA